CACACACACACACCUACACACAGAGGGGGAUUAAAAAGGCACAGGGACACAUAUGCUGCCUGAGGAUGGAGGCGAGAAUACUACAUGAGAGGAGAAUACAAGGUAGUGAUGACCCAGGACAAGUUGGCAAUGAAGUCCAAACAAAGACUUGUACCCUGUCUGUACUGGCUCGUCUCUAUGUGUAUGCAUUACACGGCUGUCUCUGCGAGGUGUGCUUCACCGCCGUGUUGGACUGGUGCAGCAUCCAGGACAGGAGGAUGAUGGGAUACAGCAGUCUCUGGGCGCUGCCCAUGUAUGCCACUGCAAUCUACCUUAUGGAGAGACUGAGAAACUGGCUGCUGCUGACUCAUCAUCGACCACUGCCCGUGCGUCUCCUCACAUACACUUUGUUCAUUUACUUGUGGGAGUUCACCUGGGGAACUGUGCUCAGUUUGCUGAAAGCAUGUCCCUGGGACUACUCAGGUUACAAGUACAACCUGGGAGGACUGGUGACUCUGGAAUAUGCGCUUCCUUGGGCACUCGCAGCCUUUAUUGCAGAGCAGCAUGUGAUCAGAAACACUCUGAGGAUACGACUGUACUGGUGAACAACUACCAUUUAGAAAAAAAUGAGCUUCCAUCAGCGGCUAGAAAAAAAAAAAGCAUAUUAAUAGAGGAACAAAACACAUUAACAUUGUUUAUCAUAAAACCUUUGGGGUAUCUCUGAAUUUUUUUGUAUUAAAUCUGACAUAUUUUGUGUUGCUAUAAAUCUG